GUGGAUAUGUGGCCCAGGCAAUUCCGUAAAUACGGGAAGAAACAAGUCUACUUCGCUAGCCUGCUACGCCGUCUUGUGUUUUAAACCCAAAGCUCUCUCGAUUCUCAGCGUUUUCCUCUUUGUAAAUCUUCGCGUCGUCACCUGAGCCGAUUCGUUCUCUCUCCUCAAGAGACUCGGAAAAGCUCGGAAUCUCCCUCCCAUAACCAAAUCCCUAAUUCAUUCUUUGUCAAGAAUCACAAUUGCGACCAAUUUUGACUCUUUAAUCUAGUUCAGAGUUUCAAUUCCACCGUCCAGUCUCCGAUUCACUGAUUUCUUCAGUAGAAAUGUCGUUUAUUUGCUUCUAGGGCUUCCUAGAUCUUCUUUCUCACUUUCCGAAGCAACUAUUUACCAGAUAGUUUUCAAGCUUAUCAGAAUUGCUGAUAUGGCUAUUCGUGUUACCUUCUCCUACUCUGGUUAUGUCGCCCAUAACAUUGCUACCUGCGCCGGCAUCCGGGUUGGAAAUUGCCGCCCCCUCCGCGAGUGUUGGGUUCGUUCACGCAUAUUCGGUUCUCCUCCCGUGCAAAACGCGGAUCUCGAACCUCCUGCACCGCGGACGCGCGACUUCCGAUCAGGAUACCGGCGCCCAAUCCAGAAGCCGAAUUCCUGGGUAAAGUGUUCGGUUUCGAUGUACAGUACUUUCGCCGGAGAGAUAUUUGGAGAAAACUCUAAGAGUCCGAUUGCGGUCGGAUUGAUCUCGCUGAUGAAGUCAACGGUUGGGAUUUCAGCUUCUUCCGCCGUUUCGGGAAUUUCGCCAAUUAAAGCCGACUCGAUCCUUCCCUUUUUGCAGGGUUCCAGGUGGCUUCCUUGCAAUGAGCCGGCUCCUGGGCCGAAGAGUAGCGACGUGGAUAAAGGAGGGACGGUACGGUAUGUAAUGAAUGAGAGUAAUAGUACUGUGACGUUGGAGAUUAACGGGAAGGAGUUUGGCAAGGGCGGAAGCUGGUUAUCGAAAGUGUUCAGUUUUUGCUCGGAGGAUGCCAAGGCCAUUUUUACGGCUGCCACUGUCAGUUUGUUGUUCCGGUCGGCUUUGGCGGAGCCCAGAUCUAUUCCUUCAACUUCUAUGUACCCUACUCUGGACGUGGGUGACCGCAUUCUUGCGGAGAAGGUUUCAUACAUUUUCAGGAAGCCAGAAGCUUCAGAUAUAGUGAUAUUUAAGGCACCCCCAAUCUUGCAGGAGUUUGGUUAUGGUUCUGGUGAUGUAUUUAUAAAGAGAAUUGUUGCUACUGCCGGAGAAAUUGUUGAAGUUCGUGAGGGCAAGUUAUAUGUGAAUGGAGCUGUUCAAGAUGAGGAUUUCAUUCUAGAGCCACUUGCUUAUGAGAUGGAACCAGUGCUUGUACCAGAAGGUUAUGUCUUUGUGAUGGGAGACAAUCGCAAUAACAGUUUUGAUUCCCACAACUGGGGUCCACUUCCUGUCAAGAACAUUGUUGGUAGGUCGGUGUUUCGCUAUUGGCCUCCCUCCAAAGUAUCCAACACCAUAUAUGAUCCUAAUGCUGAAAAGAGCACUGCUGCAAUAUCUUGAUGCAAUUGCCCUCUGCUUGCAGAGGGAGGAUGGCGGAUAAUUUAUUCAUUCUGAUGGUGAUUUGAUAAAGGAUUUUGCAAUAUGUAUCUCUUUACUGAAAUCAUCUUUUCAAAAUCUUGCAAACAAAAAUUGGAAGCAAAAAAAAAAAAAAGAACAAACAGGACAUUUCUAGUUCUUUAUCAUCUUGUAUUCUUUAUUUGUGUUAAGAAGUUGAGAUGGGCCUACAGGCUGUAGAUUUGAGGUAUGGAGAUCUACAGGCUGAGCGCUUCUAGUGCAUUAUCUGGAUGGUUGUUUUGUACUGGCCACCUUUAUACUUGUACGGUCGUUGUUGCCAUGGUUGAAGCCUGAAGGGGGGUUGAGGAAGCUUGUGACAGCAGUUUCAGUUGGUGUGGUGUUCGUCAGUGCUUCACAGCUUGAUACCACUGGUCGGGCAGAAGGGGAGAUUAAUCCUUAUUUUAGGUCAUACAGGUGGCCGAGGGAUAUGAAUAUAUGGCCUCCCAUCUCAGUAUCUCCAGGAGCUUGUGCCUGAUUUCUAGAUUCCUAGUCAUGUGGAAUUUGUUUUGUUCAAUAAAUAAGAUCAAAUUUUAUCUUGGAUUAUUGCUGUAACUUUUUAAUUGAAUUCUUGAACUUGCACUUUGCGACUGUUGUUGUCAAUAAAUUGAUGCUGGUCUCAAUGAA